AUGCCAGCCGCGGCUCCAUCACGGCCGACCAGACGCGCCGUAAACAGGCGGCCGGCCGUUAUCGAUUCCGACGACGAAGAUGAGGUCGGCAACACCACCAAGACACGGUAUGACGACGAGGCCGAAUACACUCCUGAAGCCUCGCGAACAAGCGCAAGACAGACGCGCAGUGGGCGACUCUCGGCUCCGCCACCCUCCGCUCCCGCACCAGCUGCUGCCCGACGCUCGCGCACCAAGAAGAUCUCCAACGUGGCAGCAGGUGAGCCAGAUGAUGAACUGGAUAGGGAGCUGCAACAAUGUCAGGCUCUUGAUGCCGACAAGACGAUGCAGCAGCACGAUGCGCAGACGCCCCCAAAGAAGGCUCUGUCGAGAGGGCAGAGGAGCACGGCUUCUUCUCGACCCUCGAUAACCCCCGCCGAGGACUUGGCGCCUCCAGCGCCGAAGCAGCCCGAGUCUCCUGAAGCGGUGCAGCAGCUGCACAGCGUUCCCCUGGCCGAUAUCACCGCUCCCAGCGUGAAUGCGACUCACAACGCAAACGAGGCGCAAGCCACCGUCAAGCCCAUAAGACCUUUCGAUACAAUCAUGGAAAGGCCCUCGGACAUUGUGCUCAAGUCUCGCACCAUGACGGCGAUGCCCUUUGUGCAGGAAGCCGCACCAAAGUCUCGAAUCGUCCUGACGCACUUGAUUUUGAACAAUUUCAAGAGCUACGCCGGUCGUCAGGAGGUUGGUCCUUUCCACGCCUCGUUCUCGUCAGUUGUUGGCCCCAACGGCUCCGGCAAAUCCAACGUCAUUGAUUCUCUGCUCUUCGUCUUUGGCUUCAGAGCCAGCAAGAUGCGUCAGAGCAAGAUCUCUGCUCUCAUCCACAACUCUGCCCAGCACCCAAAUCUAGAAUCCUGCGAGGUUGAGGUCCACUUCCAAGAGGUUAUCGACAAGGCAGACGGCCACGACGUCAUUCCCGACUCGACGUUGAUCAUCUCGAGAAAAGCAUUCCGCAACAAUACGAGCAAAUACUACGUCAACGGCAAGGCGUCCGACUUCACAACUGUCACCACAUUGCUCAAGAGCCAAGGGGUUGAUCUGGACCACAAACGAUUCCUAAUCUUGCAGGGAGAAGUCGAGUCUAUCGCUCAGAUGAAACCCAAGGCGCCCAAUGAGCACGAAGACGGCCUCCUCGAAUACCUCGAAGACAUUAUCGGAACAUCCAAAUACAAGGCCCCAAUCGAAGAGUCUGCGACUGAAGUCGAGACGCUGAACGAUGUCUGCAUGGAAAAGAGCGGCCGUGUUCAGCACGUUGAAAGAGAAAAGCAGAGCCUUGAAGACAAAAAGGACAAGGCGCUCGCUUUUGUUCGCUAUGAGAAUGAGCUGGUCAUGAAGCAAUCCGCUCUGUACCAGCUGUUUCUUCACGAAUGCAGGGGCAAUAUUGCCGUCACAGAGGAAGCCAUCAGCCAGAUGCAGGCGCAGCUGGAUGAAGAGCUCGAGAAGCAUCAGGGCAGCGAGCAAUUUAUCAAGGAUCUGGAGAAGCAAUACGCCAAGGGCAGUAAGGAUGUAGAAGCACACGAGAAACACGCCCAGGGACUAGUAAAGGACCUCGCCAAGUUUGAACAAGAGCGUGUCAAGUUUGACGAAAAGCGCAAGUUUCUCAUAGACAAGAAAAAGAAACUCCAGAGAACGAUAGACAACGCUCAACAUGCGACGAAUGACGCUAUAGAGACUAUCGAGGAGAGCAACCGAGACAUUGAGGCGCGCACGCAAGAGGCCGUGGACUUGGAGAAGCAGGUCACGGCCGAGGAGGCUGAGCUUGCCAAAAUCCGAGACAGCCUGAAAGGCAAGACGCAAGCCUUCUCCGACAAGAUUGCAGCCAAGCAAAAAUCGCUCGAGCCAUGGGUGGAAAAGAUCAACCAGAAACAGUCUGCCAUCGCUGUUGCAGAAAGCGAGAUGACCAUACUCAAGGAAAAGGCGAAUGCUGGCGCCGUCGCUAUCCAAGAGCUAGAGAGCAAGGCUGUCACCAUUGAAGGAGACAAAGACGCCAAGAUGAAGGAGCUCAAGGCAUGUGAAGCCGAGAGGAAGAAGCUCGAGGAGGAGGCAGAGAAGAUGUCCUCCGAACUAGCGAUACUCGCUGAGCAGGAGCCCAAGAUGCGGGCCAAAAUCUCCAACACGCGGCAGAAAGCCGACGAAGCCCGUUCCAACCUGGCGAGCACGCAAUCCCGAGGCAACGUCUUGACGGCGCUGAUGCGGAUGAAGGAGUCUGGCCGCAUCGACGGCUUUCAUGGACGUUUGGGGAAUCUCGGAACCAUUGAUCAAAAGUACGACGUGGCCGUGUCGACGGCUUGUUCCGCUCUGGACAACUUCGUCACUGAGACGGUCGAGUCGGGUCAGCAAUGCAUCGAGUACCUCAGGAAAAAUAGCCUGGGCCGCGGCAAUUUCAUCUGCCUGGAUAAGUUGAGGCCACGAGACCUGUCUCCCAUGCAGACACCAGAGAAUGCACCGCGACUCUUCGACCUCGUCAAGUCCAACGACAAGUUCAGGCCCGCGUUCUACCAUGCCAUGCAGGAUACGCUGGUUGCCAAAGACCUUGCGCAGGCUAACCGUAUCGCUUACGGUGCCAAGCGAUGGCGGGUUGUGACGCUGGCUGGCGAGCUUAUUGACAAGUCGGGCACAAUGUCGGGUGGCGGCUCGACGGUCAGGAAGGGCCUCAUGUCUUCAAGGGUUGUUGACGACGUCACCAAGGAGCACGUGGCAAAACUGGAGGAGGACCGCGACGCUUGGGAAGCAAAGUUUCAGGAAUUCCAGGACUAUCAGCGCGAAUGCGAGGGCAAGCUGAAAGACGUCAAGGAGAAGAUUCCCCAGGUCGAAACCAAGAUGCAAAAGAUCCGUCUCGAUAUCGAGAGCGCUACUCGCACCCUAUCGGAUGUCAAGAAGCGGAUGAAGGAAGUCAAUCAGGAACAUCAGCCGUCCGCAUCUGACUCGACGCGUGUUUCGGCCCUGCAGAAGGAAACUGGCAAGCUCAAUGCCGAGAUUGAGCAGCUGCGCAGUGAAACCGCCAGCGUCGAGGAAGAAAUCAAGGCGCUGCAGGAUAAGAUCAUGGAGGCUGGUGGAGAGAAGCUGCGGAGCCAGCGAGCCAAGGUCGACGACCUCAAAGAGAGAAUCAACACCAAUAACGAGGAAAUGUCGAAUGCUGAAGUCCGCAGAGUCAAGGCCGAGAAGCAAAGCGUGAAGCUCGGCAAGGACAUUGCCAAAGCUAGCGCGGACCUUGAGGCCGCUACGCAAGACCUUGAGAAGCUUGAAGACGACAUUAACAACCAGGGCGAAAGGGCAGCGGAGCUUCGAGCUCAGGCAAAGGAGGCGGAGGCGGAAGUGGGAUCCAGAAGAGAGGAGCUUGGAGCGUUUAAGAAGGAGCUCGAUGCUAAGACGGCGGAGCUGAACAAGAGCCGAGCCGUGGAGAUCGAGAUGCGAAACAAGCUGGAAGAAAACCACAAGACCUUGGUUGAAAACGAGAAGCGAUACCGGUACUGGGACGAAAAACUCUCCAAGCUCGUCUUGCAAAACAUUGAAGACCUGAUUGGCGUUUCCGGCUCUGCUGGGCAACCUGCGAAGACGAUGAGAGCGAAGCCUGACCAGGGGCACGAUGCCGAGUCGGACAAUGACGGCAGUCAAGACGCGGAAAUGGCCGAGCCGGACGCGGAAGCAGAAGAUGUCAGCAUGACCGAGGCCGCGGGGGAGCGCUCAAACGACCCUCUGUAUGAGCUACCGCAACACACUCCCGACGAGCUCGCUGGUAUGAGCAAGGAAACUCUCAAGGGCGAAAUCGCCGCGUUGGAAGAGAAGACGGAAAACGUCAGUGUCGACCUCGGCGUCCUUGCAGAGUACCGCCGCAGAGUGGAGGAGCACGCGGCCCGUUCAUCAGACUUGCAGGCAGCAAUCAACCAACGCGACGCAGCCAAGAGGCGAUGCGAUGAACUCCGCAGACUACGACUAGAAGGCUUCAUGCAGGGGUUCAGCGCCAUCUCCCUUCGUCUCAAGGAGAUGUACCAGAUGAUCACGAUGGGCGGCAACGCCGAGCUGGAACUCGUCGACAGCCUGGAUCCGUUCAGCGAGGGCAUCUUGUUCAGCGUGAUGCCGCCCAAGAAGAGCUGGAAGAACAUUGGGAACCUUUCGGGCGGCGAGAAAACGCUGAGCAGUCUGGCCCUGGUGUUUGCCUUGCAUCAUUACAAGCCAACGCCUCUCUACGUCAUGGACGAGAUUGAUGCCGCCCUGGAUUUCAGAAACGUCUCCAUCGUUGCCAACUACAUCAAGGAGCGCACCAAGAACGCCCAAUUCAUUGUCAUUUCUCUGCGAAACAACAUGUUUGAGCUCGCGGCCCGCUUGGUGGGCAUCUACAAGGUCAACCAGAUGACCAAGAGCGUGACGAUUGAGAAUAGGGACUACAUCAACAGGCCGAAGCCGCCGCCGGCAUCGUCGCAACGGCCGCAAACGGGGACUGGCUUCACCACGACUCUGGCAAUCAGAUAG